AUGGACCUCCCCAGUUUUAAGGGAAUCUCAACAGAAAUGGAGGAUGUCAUCCUCAACUGGUUAACAUUCCUAUUAUGUGGGAAAGCAGAGAAGAGGAAAAUACUGCUGUGUUAUCACUCUCGGGACGAAGGGAAUAUAAAAAGAUUCCUGAAGAGCUUACAUAGCAUCAAAGCUGAAGUCACUUGCAGAAAUGAGAGGACUGAGAAAGAUGCUGAUUAUAUUAAUUUUAGCAAUGGGGUCGUUCUCAUGUGUUUGUCAAAAGAAUAUGCAACCAGCCAGGAACAACAGCAAGACUAUCAGCUAGCAUCUUCUCGGCAAAAUGAACUUGCACUGAUAACCUUUGACCCAAUGAUAGAACAAUGGCAGAACAUCCAGAAUAACUUACUUAUCUUUGAUGACGUAGACCGCCCAUCAGUAUUUACUCUUCGAAGAAAUCAAAAAGGGUAUGAAAAGUACAUUUACGUCAGUAAUCAUCCCAGUAAUGCUACAGAAGCCAAGAAAGUUUGCGAAAUUUUACAAAAAUGUGGUGUCAAGUGUUCCAUCAGCAAUUACCGCUCGAUAUCAGAAAUCAACAAGGAAGUGCUACUACGAGUGACAGAAGAAAUCAACAUUGCAACAAACCAUCUCGUUAUUUUGUCACGUGACUAUUUGGGGGAUGAAUUCUGCCAAUUUGAGCGCACAUUAAUUCGAAACACGGGGAGACGAUUCCAUGCAUAUAAUAUAAAUGUAAACAUGUCUGAUAUAAAUUCAUUAGACAUGGCGUGGGUUUUACCUUAUGAAGAGGAUAAAGUAGUCUUGGAAACGACUUUAAAGCAUGCUUGUCAAAUUUUAAGAGUAAGGAAGGAAAUUGUGCUGAUUAGCUCGACAGACAAAUAUCGGGCAGAGAGAUGUCGGGAGCAAUUGAAGCACAGCAAGUACAAAUAUAAUACCGUUUAUUUUACAUCGGACUUGAAUAAGAACCAAAAGUGUGCACUUAUCGCCGAAUGCGAAAUCUUCGUCGCCUGUUUCUCCAAGUCCUACUUUGAAGAUACCACUUGCAGGAAAGAUAUGGAACUGGCGGCUGCUCUUUGGAAAAGAAUUCUACCUGUAGAAUCAAACGAGAACUCAGUAUCAAACAGACCAGAGUGGCUUGUUAGGAUUGUAGGACACCUACGGUAUCCUGACAGCCUCGAAGAUUACUUUGAGGAUUCUGCUGGUGGGAAUGAAACUAACAGGAGACUUGAAGAUUGGAUUCGAAAGAAAAUUACAAUACCUUGCAAAUCAUUUAUGCAGACAAAACUUCCACCUCUAAAUGACGAUUCUACUAUGACAGAUGCCUAUGGAAGCGUGGAGGUUUUUGCAGAAGGGGGACUGGAACAUUACAUUGCUCAAUACGUUCGCCUCAGCACCACAACCCACCUGAACGUUCUAUUGUCACUCCUCAUGAAACAGUGGGGUCUAAGGCGACCUCGGCUAUUGAUUUCCAUAACAGGUGAAGGAUUAGAAAUUUUGAACGACCCAAGAAAGACUAGGUUCUUCACAUCAGCAUUAGAAAAUAUUGUUAGAGAAAAAGGGGUGUGGUUUACAACAGAUGGCGCCACUUCCGAAAUUUCUAAGGUUAUUGGACAAGUCGUUGAAAAGGAAAACGUGAAUACACGUCCGACUGUUAUAGGAAUUGCAUCUUGGGAAUUCCUGAAAAUGAACCGUGCGUUACUGGUUAAAAACGGUUUUGGGAGAUGGCCGGCACAGUACAAUACACGUGAGGCAGCAACAGCUCCAGGAGACUACCAUCUUAACCCGUUUUGCACUCAUUUUCUGUUGCCUGAGAAAAGUGUGGAGAAUGUUAAUGGAUCUGGCUACAUGGUGUCAACUGCCAGACUUAGAGCAGAUCUCGAGGAGUACAUUCGACGUGGAAGAUUUGAACUCAACAAACCAGAGGAGGAUGACUCGGUAGAAGUCCCUUCAGUUCUCUUGGUUGUGGAAGGUGACCAAUAUCAAUCUGUUAGCAUGAUACGACGAUCUUUAGAUGCCGGCAGACAUGUCGUAGUUUUAAAGGGGACUGGAGGACUUGCUGAUAUCCUGGCAUCCAUCACUGAACAUCAAAUCAGAACACAAGACAGUAAAUUAAUGGAGAUAGUAAAUCACCAAAACAGUAGAUGCCUCAUAUUCGUCGAUCUAAAUGAUGAAACGUGUGAAUUUGACAUGGUGCUUAUAGAAGUUCUGCUGAGAGAUGUUAUGGAAUCAAAUGAGAAGAAACUGCGAUUGACUUUGGCGUUUAACAGCAGUGAAAAGGCAAAGGAGCACGUGUUUGCCAAAAACAAACCCAAUUUAACGGAUGCUUUCAAAAACCAACUAAUGAUUCGUGCAAUGAAAGACGGAAAAAAGGAUUUUGUGAGACUUUUAAUAAAAGAGUGUGUUGAUAUCAACAAAUUUACGAGAGAGAAUUACCACAAACUGUUUAAGGCAGACGAUAUUCCAGAAGAACUUAAGAGACAGAUGGGUUGGGACGUGGAACCAACAGAGGAGAAUGUCAUAAGGUUUGUGGUCCGAAUCCUGCAGAUAGACGUUUUUAUGAGUUAUGAUCUUGGCGAUAGAAAUGAUCCUGUAAGAGCCAUGACCUUUACCAACGAAGGACUUAUAGAUACAUUGAAACAUAGGGUCUCUUCUGAUAGUCAAUCUGACCCAUACUUCUAUCUCCUUGUCUGGUCCAUACUGAUGAUGAAUCUCCAAGAACUAGCCAAAUUUUUCUGGCAACACUGCAAGGAGCCUUUACCCUCAGCAUUGAUAGCAUGUGGGAUUUAUAGAACCAUGAGAAAGAAAUGUCAACCAGCAAAUAAGCUGCUAGCAGACAGAUUGCUUGAAUCAGAGCUUGAGUUUCAAUCCUUGGCAUGUGGAGUCCUAAGCCAGUUUUAUAAAGAUAAUCCAGACGAAACGGAACGCAUGUUAACCAGAAAACGCCCCCGUUGGCGAAACUUGACAUGUUUAGAAAUAGCCUACAAAAUGAAAGUUCAUUCCUUUAUGACUCAUGAAGCCUGUAAAAUUCCUAUAAACAGAGUCUGGUAUGGGCAAAUCUCACCUGACAACAGUGCUUUACAGUUGAUUAUAUCGGUGUUCUUUCUUGGUCUGUUUCCUUUUGUUCUCAAAUAUGUUAAGUCAAAUUCUGGGAAAAAGGAUGAUGCAAAUUGUAUAACCAGAAUAGGGAAACGUAUUUAUAACUUCUACACUGCCCCAAUAAUGCGUUUUUCUCACACAAUGGCAUCCUACAUGAUAUUUCUGGCGUUCUUUAGCUAUUCUCUUCUUACCGGUUUUGGGGACACUAUAACAUGGGUCGAAAUUCUGAUGUACUGCUGGGUCUUUUGUUUGAUGCUGGAUGAAGUUCGAGAGCUUCUCUAUGGGCUGUCGGACUCUAAGAAACAAUUAGGAGAAAAAUAUAUCUCAGAGCGACCGUAUAUGAUACAAAUCUACUUUCAAGACAAGUGGAACUACUUCGAUGUGACGAUUCUUUGCUUCUUCACCAUCGGUGCCAUUCUGGAUGUGCUUGGAUACUACGAGACUAUUGAAGUGGGUCGUGUUUUCCUUGCAAUUAGUCUUAUAGCUUUCUUCAUGCGCAUUCUCAAGACUUUUUCUGCACUUGAGGAGUUAGGACCUAAAGUUUGGAUGAUUGCAUCCAUGGCUAAGGAUCUCCUCUACUUUGUAAUUAUACUGAUGUUGUUUGUCGUGUCUUAUGCCGUGGCAGCAUACUCCAUCAUGUAUCCACGAUCAGAAUUAAGUUUUGAUCUUCUUUUAAAUGUUAUGCGUCUUGGAUACUGGAAUCUCUACGGUGAAUUGCUUCUAGAAGAUAUAGAAGUGGAAGAACCUGAUUGUUCCUUUAACGAAACGGUGUAUAAUGCAGGGACUCUUCCACGAUGUGCCGUAAAACACCGAAAAAUCAUUGGUCUGGUUAUGAUGGGAAUAUACUUGAUAUUCGCUAACGUUAUGUUACUUAACAUCCUAAUAGCUAUGUUUACAGACACUUAUCAAAGAAUUCAGGAGAAAAGGGAUCAUAAGUGGAAUUAUGAAAGAUACGCCUUGGUGCGGGAGUUCCGGCGGUAUCCCGUCAUACCAAUGCCUCUCGGCGUUCCUCUGUUUCUUUUCUACCUUGUUAAGGGAAUUUAUAACAAAUGCAAGCAGUGCAAUACCGUUAGGAAUCAUGACAAAGAGCUUAUGGCUAGCCUUAAGGUGAUGGACGUGUACUUUAGCUUGGAGAGAGAGAUGGUUUAUUUGUACAUGAAAAAGAGGAGUGAGGAUGCCAAGGAGUCGGCACUCACUGAAGAAACAAUUGCAAAGGUAGUGGCCAUCCAGGUGGAAAAGAAACUCUCAAGGCUACAGAGUAAUCCUGGAGAUCCUGUAGAUAUGGAAGAAUUGACGGAAACAAUAAUCAAACAACUUACUAAAAAGAAGUAAAAUGAUGAGGCGUAAUGAGCCAUAUUCAAGUCUUCAAGCAAUGACUGCUGUAUUUCAGUAGCAUGCAGAGAGUCGAUUCACACGAUUUCCUAUCAUCACUUAUUCUCUCAUUAGCAUAAGUGCCGCAUUUUGUAUACUUAACAUUGUCUCCUAAAAAUGAGAUUAAGUUUGAGUAGUAAUUGUACAUCCAGAUUAUGAAAGUAUACAAAUCGUGUGAAACUCUAUUUUGUGUUUUCGAAUUUAUAAAGUUCUCAUUAAACAAAGAAUGACUUGUAACAACAAAGUAUGGUUAUUUUAACAUUUAGACUUACCUUCUCUUGUCUGUGAUCUCUCUUGUCUGUGAUAAGGACUAGUUAUUUAACUGGUGAAUAUUACCUCGAAAUGUGAUAUUAACUUUUUGUAUUUUUUAAAAGAAUUAUAUAAU